AUGGAAGUUAUUUUAAAUGGACACCCAGCUAUAAUAUGCCCAGGUUGUCAGAAGACGACGAAUAAAGGAAAUGAAUUUGGAGAGAAAAAAUUAUGUGGAUUUUGUUAUUUUGGAGAGUAUUUUCUGAGAAAAAGUGGCAACCAAGAUAUUGACAAUUUCCUAAGAAAAUUUGCAGAACGGAAAAAGUAUCCCUUCUUGGAAUUUAUACCGUACGAGGAGUUUUCAAAUGUUAUAAAAAUUGGGCAUGGAGAAUUUAGUCAAGUUUAUAAGGCAACAUGGAAUAAAGGGUGCCUUCGCAACUGGAAUAAAAAAGACGGAAAUUUUACUCGAUUUCCACCUUCAACAGUAGCUCUAAAGGUUCUCGAGGAAUCUCGGGAAAUGAACUCUGAAUUUUUAAAAGAGCAACAAUUCUUAAAUCGAACUAGUAUGAAAGCAAAAUAUAAAAAACGGUUUAUUAAUGUUUACGGAAUAUCACAAGAUCCCGUGUCUAAAAAUUAUAUUUUUGUCACAAUUUAUGCGAACCAUGGCAAUUUAAAGAAAUGUUUACAAACUUAUUUUAGCAAUAUAACUUGGUUAGAUAAAGGAAAACUUUUGAAAAAUAUUGUAGAGGCUUUAAAUUUGAUGGAAAAGGCGAAUUAUAUUCAUCGAAAUUUACACAGUGGUAAUAUAUUAAUGUAUUCGGAAUUCCCGUUAAUCGAUGAUCUAGAAUUUCCAAUGAAUGAAAAGUCGAAAAAAACCCCAAAGUAUCAAACUAAAGUGAGAUCGGAAUGUCAAAAUGAAAGUGUAUCGGCGAAUUUAGUACAAAGCAAAAUUAUUUCUAAAUGGCUACCAUAUGAGGAAUUUUCGGAUAUAGAAAAAAUAGGUCAAGGUAGAUCGAGUCAAGUUUAUAAAGCGAUCAGGCAUAAGCAAGGAAUAAAGAAGGAAAGAGAGGUGGCACUGAGGAUCCUCGAUGAAUCUCGAAAUCUGGAUUCGGAAUUUUUAAAAGAGCCACAAUUAAAAUUUUUAUUUUCAAAGAAUCGUUGGAGCACAAAUCAAUGUUACGGGAUUUCACAAGAUCCUAUGACUAUGAAUCAUAUCCUUGUUAUGAGCUAUAGACCUAUUGACUUAAAAGUUUACUUGCAAGCCAACUUUACCAAAAUGACUUGGUUUAACAAAAGAGAGAUAUUGAAUAAUAUCACAGAACCCGAACAGAACCAUCCAGAAUCAGUGUACCAUGCUAGAUUAUUAAAUACCAUUGUAGAGAUUGCAAAUUCCAUUAAAAAUUCGAGAGAUUCGUUUAACCUUAUGAAACCUUCAGCAGCUGGCAAUAAGAUAUUGGUACAUCCGGAAAUUCAAGAUAUUAAUUACUUCCUCAUAAGAUCAUCAAAUAAUCAAGCAAAAAGCAUUUUAGAGUGGAUACCAUAUGAGGAUUUUUCGAAUAUCGAACGCAUUGGAAUGGGUGGAUUUAGUAAGGUUUACAAAGCGAUGUGGCAAAGGGGACAUAUUAAACAUUGGAAUUCAAGGAUGGGAGAAGUAGUUCGUUCCGAACCCGUGGAAGUAGCAUUGAAAGUGCUCGAUGAUUCUGCAGAUAUAUGUUCAACCUUUCUAAAUGAAGAAUCCAAAACUCGAAAUUACAUUUUUGUCAUGCAAUAUGCAAAUUAUGGGAACUUGAGAACAUUAUUGGUAAAUGGAUUUAAUAACAAGGUAGAAAUAAUAGAAAAUCUAGAUCCCGAAGAACUUCGAGCAGCAGAGAAAAUACGUGAAGAAAUGAUAAAAUAUGGAAUUCAAUUUGUAGAAAAACCUGGAUUCGAACAUCCAGAGUCCGUUUAUUCUAGUAGAAAAUUGGAUUCUUUUAUUGAAAGUUCAAAGGUCAUCCUAUAUGAUUCAUCCUAUGCGAAAGAAAUGUUAGGACAAAACAUGAAGCAGAAGAAAAGGAUGAUUGUCAUGAGAUCAUAG